AUGGAGUCGCAUCCUAAUGGCGAGGCCAACGGCCGCGGUGUCCGUCCCUCAAACGCUCCCGUCCGCGGGCGGCCGCAACUCUCAUGUACCCCGUGCAAGCGCAGAAAGGCCCGGCCCUGUGACAAUUGUGUCAAGCGUCGAGAAGCAGAUACAUGCGUGUAUCCCGCCAGUGGAUCUGCUCCCCGCGACCAGACGCGCGAAUCCAAAAAAACAAAAAAGCGCAUCGAAAGACUUGAAUCGCUCGUUAUGGAGCUUCUGGACCGGGGCGCCCCGAACCAUGAAUCUUAUUCGGACGGUCCCUCGACUAGCGAGAGCGAGAGCCAGGUCCAUUUUCACAUGCCUCACCAUGCAUCGGAGAAUGGCCACGAUACUGACAGCUCACCUGUCCAACGAGACGUCCCUGCGAUGCGGCGGCCAUUAGAUUUGGCUGCUAGCAGUUCCUCUUCGUCUUUAUGGGAGAGCGUUCUCCAGGACAUUGGAGAAAUCAAAUUAUAUUUCGAAGAGAAUGAGAGUGAGUUCAAGAAACAGCUUGGAAAGGUAGAAGAGGCGAGAACUCCAGCACUAGAGCCUUACGCUCUUGAAGGCAACCCAAUCCAUUGGGGCAUCGAUACAUUCAUCCCUUCUCUGCCGCAGCGGCCGGAUGUUGAUCUCCUGGUUGCAAAUUACUUCAGCCCAGGAAGUUUUGUCAGACCUAUUAUUCACCCCAAGAAGUUUCUCCGUGAAUAUGAAAAAUUCUGGGAUGAUCCAUACAGCGUUUCAAAACUCUGGUUAGGUGUAUUGUUCACCAUAAUGAGAAUGGCAGUACACGCAUCUCGAGAACAUGGUAGCGAUCUCCCACCCACCCUAGGGGACACGGACGAAGCCAUGACCUUGUACCGAAUGCGUGCUAAACAAAUCUUGAUGACCGAAUCACACGCCAAACCUUCGAUAGAGAAACUCGAGCUGUUAGCACUACAUCUUGAUGCCGAGUUUAUUCAGUGCCAGGAUGCUAGCACAAGUAUCUGGGUCAGUGGGGCUACUGCAGUUCGCAUGGCAAUGGAACUUGGUUUGCACCGAGAUCCGAGCCUCCUAGGCGGGAAACUUUCACCUUUUGAAUGCGAGAUGCGACGUCGUUUAUGGUUGGCAAUCAUGCAGACUGAUGUGCUUAUGUCAUACCAGGUGGGACUGCCGAGCAUGAUUCCCAGGGGCCAGUGCGACACGAUGCUUCCCAAGAACCUUCACGAAGAGGACUUUGAUGAAGACUCUCUUUCACUCCCGCUGUCACGGCCAUGGAACGAAAUGACCAAGAUCUCACCUUUCCUUGCGAAAGCCCCGCUUCUUGCAGUGUUUACAAAAGUAGCGUCGCAUAUACUAGACAUCCAUCCCAAAGACUCAGAAAUUCCAAUCCUGGAGCAGGAACUUUAUGCUGCACGAGACUCGUUACCUCCUAUAUUCAAGGUCCGUCCGAUGCACGAGUCCAUUCUCGAUCAUCCAGCCAUGAUUCUUCGACGCCUUGCAAUCGACCAGUCCCUGCAUAGCGGCCUAUGCAUUCUUCAUCGGCGUCAUUUGCCGCUUGCUCGCUCCGACCCACAGUACAGUCAUUCGAGAAAAACUGCUAUUGAUGCUUCUUUGACUUUGCUUAGCUAUCAAGCUCUAACUUACUACGAAACCAACCCUACACAGCGCCUGGCAGGUCACAGGUGGCUAGCAACGUCUAUUAUACGCCAUGAUUAUUUGCUCGCAGCUAUGCUAAUCUGCCUAGAUUUGCGCCAGGGCAUAGAGGGCGAAACACACCCUGGAUCCAGCGAUAUCACCCUGUGGGGCAGAGAUAGACGGGAAGAAAUGAUGACUGCCUUGGAGAACUCGUAUAAUGUGUGGUAUGCGUGCAAAGAUAUCUCGAUUGACGCAUUCCGUGCAAGUGAAGCUGUGGCGGUUCUUCUCAAAAGAGUCAGAAGUGCAGAAGAGGAGAAACAAAGAUCAGAAACAACUGUUUCCUCAAUACCAUCAGUGGAAUCACUUGAAAUCUCACCAGAGCAGUUCAUUCCUGCCGGUGCGGAUCCGUACAAUCUCAGCUUGCCAUUCUCAGAAAUGGUGGCAUCUCCAGGAGCUAUCGACUGGGUCGAAUUUGAUCGCUACGUUAUGGGUGGGAAUAUUCCUAGAGAACACAAUAUGUAG